AUGUCUGACGCUGGAUCGGUAAAUAAGUUGACAAGAAGCCCUGUCGCAAAACAUUUCAAAAGCGGAGCCUUAGGCUUUGUAGUAGGAAUUUCAAUAGCCUCGCUUUUGGCAAUAAGAAUUGUGGACAGGGCUAGAAAGGAAAUGGACUGGAAUGACAGUGUGUCUGAUUUGAGCAAAUCUGUCAGAAAACUAGAACUGCAUGUUGCAAAGCUUGAACAAAAGACAUCAGCUAGCAAGCCGUGA